AUGAGCUCAAAGAAAGCCACCGUCAAGGAUUAUAUAUCCACGAAAGUAAAGCCAGUAUUUGAUUAAUUGAUUGCUCGUAUUGUUAUUGAAAAACCUGAUGAUGUUUAUGCCUGGUCAAUCAAUUGGUUAUAAAAAUAAUGUAUAUAUAUAUUCAUUGAUCAUAUAUAGAAAAAGGUUCAUAAUUGUUGUAAGUUGUAAAUCAUGAUCUCAGUGAAGAAGAAGAGGAAGAGGAGGAAGUGGUUUUGGAAAUUAAAUAACAUUAAAAGCAAUAGACAAGAUCAGCAGUAUCAGCUGAAGUUUAUGGAGAAUAUAACAAAAAAGAGGAUUUCAAACCAAGAUAUAUCUAAAAAUCUGAAGGAUAAAUUGAAAGAAUUAAAAAGAGGAUUCUUAAUUCUUUUAUGUUUUAAGCAUUAGAUGAAAAGGAUCUUAAUAUAGUCUUAGGAGCGAUGGAGGAAAAGAAGUUUUAGUAAUUUUUAUAAAUUAAUAAAAAGGGUUGGAGAUUUUGUAAUUAAGCAAGGUGAUGAUGGAAAUGAAUUAUAUGUAAUAGAUGAAGGUCGUCUUGAAUGUUAUAAAAGAUUUGCAGGGUUGUAGGAAGAGAAGUUACUGAAGACAUACAUUCCUGGUGAAUCAUUUGGAGAAUUAGCUUUAUUGUAUAAUGCUCCAAGAGCUGCUACUAUUAAGGCAAUCGAAAAUGUUACAACAUUUGCUUUAGAUAGAGAAACUUUUAAUAAUAUUGUGAAAUUUUCAGCUAUAAAAAAAAGAGAAUAAAUGGAAGAAAUCUUAAGUAAAAUUGAGUUACUUUAAUCUAUGGAUAAUUAUGAAAGAGUUUAAUUAUGUGAUGUAUUAAGGGAAGAAAAGCAUUAGGCUGGGAAAACUAUUAUUACAGAGGUUCAAUCAAUUCUAAAUAUAUUAGGGAGAAAUUGGUGAUCGUAUCUAUUUAAUUAUUGAAGGAGAACUUGAAGCUUAUUCAAAUAAAUUAAAUGAAAAAGUAUAUGAUUAUAAACCUGGAGAUUAUUUUGGAGAACUAGCCUUAUUAAAAAAUAGUCCAAGAUAAGCAACCGUUAUUGCAAAAGUAAUAUUGUCCAAUACUUUUAGACAAAUGUUACCUUACUAUAUUGUGAUUUCAAUUCUUUCAAAAGAUUAAUGGGCCCAUUAGAACAAGUUCUAUAGAGAAAUAUGGAGAGAUAUGAACAUUAUUUAUAAUAAUGA